CACGUGCUGCAACAGAACAAGCAGAACCAACGAUGAAGUCGAAUGCAUGUUGCGUCGAUCUCCGCGUGAAAGUUUUAUACAUGUUAGUAGGUUUUCUGUACGUUUUUUGUGGAGUUAAUUUGUAUUACACGUACAUCGUGUCUCAAUGUUUUAAAGCAGCCUCGCCAGUGUCAGAAGACUUCCGUGGUCUUGCUAGAUACACUGAUGUCCCAAGAAUCCAAAAAUCGCCAGACUCCGACGUUUCGGUGAACACUUUAGAUGUGAAACGGCAGAAAGCGGAGCUGAGAUAUACAGCUAACUCUACUCUAACCGCCUCAGAGAAACAUUUCAAUUUCACAGAUGUCUGGGAGAUCGACCAAAGCAGCCAACCUUUACACCGAAUCAAGCGGCGAGGAAAGCGCCACGGGCGGCGACUUCACGCCCGGGACUCGUCGGAGUCGGACACGCCAAGCGUCGAGUUUUUCCCAGAACCUCAACCAACCCCGAAGACAAAAGAUUAUAUUUGGCUUACUGCAUACUCUCGAAUUCCGGUGCCAGUUUUGAGAGAUUACUGCCAGUCAACAAAAGAGCACUGUCCUCCUGGGGACCCAGGACCCCCUGGAAUUCCUGGUUCCCCAGGACAUAAAGGACAAAAAGGAGAUACUGGUGAGCGUGGAUUUUCUGGAAAACCAGGUCCUCCAGGACCUCGAGGUCUAACAGGUGCCCUUGGACCCGUCGGUCCUAAAGGGAAUCCAGGCCUAGGUGGAACACCCGGCCUUGAUGGACGCGAUGGACUUCCUGGAGAACCAGGGCUGGAUGGUGUUCCUGGUCGUGAUGGCAUUGAUGGAAUUCCUGGGAAUGACGGAGUUCCAGGUAUUCCUGGAACACCAGGAAGGCCGGGACUUAAUGGUACAAAUGGUAUUCCAGGGACUCCAGGACCCCGAGGACCGAUGGGUCCCGUAGGACCAGCAGGGUUACCUGGACCACGAGGACGAAAGGGAGCGUCUGGAACUCCGGGAAUACCCGGUAUACCAGGAAUAAAGGCUUGGAAAAUCAAUGGAACUACAGACACAAAACUACUAAUUCCUCCUGCAAUGGUAGACACAGAACAGCAGACAACCCUGGUGGUGGAAGAGGGCGAACAUAUACGUCUGAAAUGUACAGCCUACGGUGAACCUAAGCCCAUCAUGACAUGGAGAAGAGAAGACAGUAGCCCAAUUUUAAUAGGAUCUUGGUAUUUGGCGACUAUCGACGGGGAUCGUCUCAACAUCAGCCAAGUUACUCGGUAUCACAUGGGUACUUAUCUUUGCAUUGCAUCUAAUGGAGUUCCGCCCCCUGCAUAUAAACGGAUUGUGCUAGAAGUUAAUUUCCCUCCUUUAAUUAAAAUCAAGAACCAGAUGGUUGGUACAAGAAACGGAAGUUACGCAGUCUUAGAGUGCUUUGUGGAAGCCUUCCCGGAAGCCGUCAACUACUGGUUGCAUGGUGAUGAGAAGCUUAUUGAAAAUAAAGGGAAAUACCACAUAAAGGAAUACAGUUCAAGCUUCCGCCAUCACAUGGAGCUCAAUAUCUCUUCCGUAGAAGGAAGCGAUUAUGGAAUUUACAAGUGUGUAAGCAAGAACGAGAAAGGAGAGACAAAGGGAGUAUUCACAGUUUUUGAAAUUGGUCCAACGUCUCCAAAAAAACAACCCGCGAAGGAAACACAAUAUACAGUUUACGGGAAAGCACCUCCCCCGCGGGUUAUAGAGCAAGAAUGCCCACCGUGUCCAGAUUGUCCAGGUCAAUCGAAUUGUCCAGUUGCAGGUCAAACUGGCAAGCCAAGACCAGUCACUGUUAUCAGCAUUGGAGGGUCUUUCAAUGCCACCUACUGGCAGAAGUUAAAACCUAGAAACAAAGACUGUCUUCUAAGUCAGGUGGGGAAGCCAGUAUUCCAACGCUACACUAAAGCUGCUUGGGGGAAUUGGAUGAAAGACCCAUCACCGCCUCGCCCUGAGGACGAGGAUAAACACUGGAUGACUUUAGACAGUGAAAAGACAACCCUUUAUGAAUAUGAGAACAAGGUCGCUUUCCGGAAACAUAACUUCAGCAAAAAGUAUUUGCUGCCUUAUCGCUUCAUGGGAAACAGUCAAGUCGUUUUCAAUGGCUCUUUCUAUUAUAACCAGGAAGGUACACAAAAUCUGGUCCGGUUUGAUUUGUUUACGGAGGCUACGGCUGCUGCUGAGAUCGUAGACGCUGCCUACAAAGAUGCUAGACGGCUGUAUACGAGUAAUCACGUCUACAUGGACAUAGCUGUAGACGAGAACGGGAUGUGGGUGAUAUUUGCGGGAAAUAAUACAAACAACACACUCGUUAUGAAAUUUCAUCCAUAUACUCUACGCACAGAGAAAAUGUGGAAUAUUACACUUCGUCACCGGAGCGUUGGAGCUAUGUUUAUUAUCUGUGGCGUUCUAUACGCUGUAGACAGUGUAGACGAACGACACACACAGAUAUCGUACGCUUUUGACUUGUAUCGUAACAGGGGUAUUGAAGUUAAGCUGGAAUUCAAUAAUCCGUUCAGUCAAACGAAAAUGGUAAGCUACAACCCCCGCCAGGAGGCGCUGUAUACGUGGGACAAGGGUAACCAGCUUAUCUAUCCAGUCAGAUUUGCUACCAUUGAUGUUGACAGUGCGGAGACUGACAAAAGGGGGUAACACAUAAGACGUCAUCUACGAUGUUGAAAUUUCAUGUUGUCGUCAUCUCUUGUUCUAUUAACGUGUCGUUAUAGGAAGUAGCGUAAUGACUGUUACAUAUGCUUGUAAAAUGUACAUUGUAUAAAAAUUGCUGAAACUGAAA